GGUGGACAGUUUCGUUGAAGAACUUGGCCUUCUAUAUCAAAUGUGUUCCAGCACUUUGAUCUCUUCAAUAUGUAUGAAAUUUGUUCAUCUACCCUCCAUAUAUGAAUACUCACGCAAAAUAAGCACCAUCUAAUUGGUCGAUCACUUCCAUGCCGAAAAUUGUUCGGUAACUUCCGAGAAAUCAUGCAAGUUUAUAUCCUCACAUCAUCGCAACUCUUAUCAAGAGCUUUCGAAGCUCGACAAUCACCCUCGCAAUGAUUGUCCGGUCUCCUAUAUUUGCUGGUGCUCUACGGCAAAAUGGACUGGGAAAUGUGUGCCUUUCAUGUUCCCUGCGAACGGAAUUGAGGGGCAUUCGAAGAGCUGAGAGGAAUUUCUCGAAUACAAAUGGUAGGAAAACAACAAUAGUGCAAAGAUUGGGGACUGGAUAUUUCUUUGCAAAUAGAGACAUCUUCGGGAAUAUAGGAAGGGGUGGCAUGAGUACUGCUGUGGAUUCACUCAGUAGGAAAGAUGUAGACGGGGCAAAAGAAAGCAUUGAGAAGAGAUCUACGAUACCGGCUACUGCACAAUUAGAAAACCUGCCACCGCAUCGACGAAGGCGGCAUAAGCAAUCACUUGAACAAGAAGGCGAUAAAGAAUUCCUUCCUGAGAAUGCCUCCACGAUCCAUGCCGACCGCGCGAGUGCACUCCCGCAAUCCUCCAUAAAACGACUAUUAUCCAUCCUCUUAUCGCUCACCAAACCCCGCCUUUCUAUGCUCGUCGUUCUUACCGCAUGCUCAGCCUAUACAUUAUACCCAGUACCUUCACUCUUAUCCUCGACUCUUCUUGAAACACCCAGUUUGAGUACCCUUACCCUUCUCUUCCUCACGACCGGUACGGCCCUGUGCGCCGCUUCCGCAAAUACCCUGAAUAUGCUUUACGAACCUAAAUUCGACGCGCAAAUGUCACGAACACGAAAUAGACCUCUUGUUCGUAAACUCAUCUCGCCGGGUGGGGCUUUACUUUUCGCAAUCGCGAGUGGAGUUGUUGGGGUAGGAGGUUUAUAUUAUGGGGUUAAUCCCACCACUGCAUUUUUGGGUGCUUUGAAUAUUGGGCUAUAUGCUGGUGUUUAUACGCCAUUGAAAAGAGUUACAGUGUUUAAUACCUGGGUCGGUGCAAUAGUUGGAGGUAUUCCUCCAUUGAUGGGGUGGACUGCUGCAGCUGGACAAACAUCCUCGCAUCUUUCUUCUUCGUCGACACCUGAAUGGCAGGAUCUACUCCUUGGACCAGAUAGUGCAGGAGGUUGGCUGUUAGCAGGAUUGCUAUUUGCAUGGCAACUUUCGCAUUUCAUGCCUUUAUCCUGGUCUAUUCGUGAAGAAUAUAAAGGUGCCGGAUACAGAAUGUUAUGUUGGGUAAAUCCUGCCAUGAAUGGUCGCGUGGCUCUGAGAUAUAGUAUCGCAUGCAUACCCCUAUGCAUCGGUCUUUGCUAUGCGAAUGUAACUGAAUGGACAUUCGCAGCAGCUAGCAUGCCUGUAAAUGCAUGGUUGGUGCGAGAGGCCUACAGGUUUUGGAAAUACGAGGGCCAAAAAGGAAGCGCGAAAAAGCUUUUCUGGGCAAGUGUUUGGCAUUUACCAGUCGUACUUGUUUUGGCAAUGGUGGAGAAGAAGGGCUUGUGGAGUAGAAUUUUAUCAGUGAUUUUUGGACAGAGAACAGAGGAUGACGAGGAGUGGGAAUACGUGGACGAGGAUGAGCAUGAGGAAAUAUCUGUGCAGAAAUCACCUGUUUCAGUAGCCGUCUCGGCAAACUCAACUAGAUAAAUCAUGCGGAAGAAAAUUUGUAUGUUUAUAGAGAUUCUCUUAUCCAUCUCUACUUUUGUAUUUUGUGUGUACAAUAGUUUUCGCGUGUGGUUUUGUAGAUAUGAACCUACCAGCGGGCGUGCAAUAUUAGAAAUAUUACUCUAUAAAUUCGAGAUUACGUCUCUCAAUCAUGAGCUAAAUGGAUGCCGAAAUACGUUCUUACUGGCAUAUAGUUCUCUCCUCUUUCUAGUCUACCAAUAACACGAUCUUCA